AUGUUGUUGAAGAUAGAUCUUCAAAAAGCGGCCCCUAUCAACUCUCCAAGCACAGCCGGGGUCCUGCCGGCCCGAAUCCUUCUGCAUGGACUGCCUCAGGGCUGUGCCGGAGCCGGCAAACCGAGAGACAGGUCCGUGCCCCGCUCCGGCCGGGGCAGCUCCGCCUGCGGCCGCCUCUGCGCCAGCCGCGGCCACCCGCCCGCAGCUUCUCGGGUGAGACCUGGCGAGCGGUCCCACCAGCGGUCUCCUGCCUCCUCCUCCGGGUCCCUCGGAAAUGAGCCGUGCUCAGAGCAGGGAGCGAGGCGAGUGCCAGCCCGCAGCCUCUCUGUUCGAAGGAGCCCGCCGGAGCAGGGUGAGCUGCCGCCCGUAUGCCAGCCCAGGUACCUGGGAAUAACAAGACCUCUUACGUACCCUGUAAGGCAGAAUGGGAAGUGUAUGGCCAAAAUGAUCCUGUGUGUCUGGCUUUUAUCUGCCUCUAUCACCAUUCCCCCGCUCUUCGGCUGGGCCCAGAAUGUAAAUGAUGAAAAAGUUUGUCUCAUCAGUCAAGACUUUGGCUACACCAUUUACUCCACAGCAGUUGCAUUUUACAUUCCGAUGUCAGUGAUGCUUUUCAUGUACUAUCAGAUUUAUAAAGCUGCCAGGAGGAGUGCUGCUAAACACAAGUUCACUGGUUUCCCCCGCCUGGAAGAAAUGGAAGGGAUUUCUGUGAAUGGACUUGUAAAACUGCACAAGGAAUCUGAAGAAUGUACUAAUUUUUCACGACUCCUAAAGCAUGACAAGAAAAACAUUUCCAUCUUCAAAAGAGAACAGAAGGCUGCCACCACCCUUGGGAUUAUUGUUGGGGCUUUCACAGUCUGCUGGCUGCCCUUUUUCCUCCUCUCCACUGCAAGGCCCUUCAUCUGUGGUACAGCAUGCAGCUGCAUCCCACUCUGGGUGGAGAGAACAUUUCUAUGGCUGGGCUAUGCAAACUCUCUCAUUAACCCUUUUAUAUAUGCCUUCUUCAACCGGGACCUGAGGACAACCUAUCGCAACCUGCUGCAAUGCAGAUACAGGAAUAUCAACCGCAAACUCUCAGCCGCAGGGAUGCACGAGGCUCUGAAGCUUGCAGAAAAGCCAGAAUUUGUUCUGAGAAGUUCUGAUUUCUCCAGGGAAAAAGAGUCAUGACCAAAUGUGCUUCAAAGCAGCCAGAAAAAGUCAAGCCAGAACAGGAAGAAGAAAAAUGAAGAGUUGGCUUCCAAGGAACUGGAUAGAUUUAUGAAAUCUACUUCAUCUUCCUUUGAUGAGAAUGUGCUGAAAAUAUUCCAUGAGCUCAAUGCAUUACAUUAAAUAUAUUUCUAUUGGAAGUACUCACUUCUUGUUUGUUGUGGAGGAAAAUGCUGCUACAUACAAAUGAAAAUAGUUUUCUGCCUGAGAAAGCCAAAUAAUUUCAGCAAUAAGUUUGACACAGGGCAGGGGCAAUGCCACUAAAACUCAAAGAUAAAGCGUUGUACAGAUUUCCACCACAUUAAACUAUGUAGAACAACAUUUGUAUGCUUAUUAUGCUUGUGGAUCCUAAUAUUGGUAUUCAUAUUCAGGGAUUGUCAGUGAUACUGAAUGUAUUUUGCUGUACUAGAAAAAAGAGGUUUUGAGGCAAAUGCUGUCUCUGUGGAUGCUUUCAGAGCUUGUGUUAAAGAGAUGCUGUACACCUGCAAUGGGAUUGAGAAUGACAACAAUAAAAGACCAACUUUUUGUUAAAGA